GUGACUACUUCCCUCAUGAAAUACACUUGCACGUGUUUAGCUAACUUCUGUUUACACUGAUUCAAUGCAUUUACACAUCAAUUAACACGCGCGAACAAGUAUAUGAACAUUUCUAUUACACACUAAACAAAGUGCAACUAUGCCUAAAGUGAGAAAAUCUAAAGGAGAAGGUGACAACCGGGGGCAGUCGGACACGCUGGUUGACCAGAUGCUACAGGGCGACACGGUUCGAGGGAAAGACAAAAGCCGAGUAAAGCUUCGGGACGAUCGGAUUGAGAGCGAAGACAAGUACGUGAACGAACGUCUGUCCAGGAAAAUCCUGCAACAAGCCAGGAUUCAACAAGAGGAACUCCAGAGCGAAUAUGGCCUGCUGCCAAAGAAGAAAGCACCCGUCACUGUUCUUGGUUCCUCAUCUCAGGAUGCAGAUUCAGAUGAGGAGUGGCCAGAGCUGGGAGCAACAGUUGGUAAAGAUGAUGCCAACGCUGUGUAUGACACCGAAGUUGUGGUCGACCCUGAUGACGAGAAAGCGAUUGAGAUGUUCAUGAAUAAGAAUCCCCCAAUGAGGCGAACACUAGCGGACAUUAUAAUGGAGAAGAUAACAGAAAAACAGACCGAAGUGGGAACAGUGAUGUCAGAAGUAUCUGGCUGUCCAAUGAAACAACUUGACCCCAGAGUAGUAGAAGUGUACAGAGGUGUCAAUAAGGUCCUGUCAAAAUAUCGCAGUGGAAAGUUGCCAAAGGCUUUCAAAAUAAUACCAGCGCUUUCGAACUGGGAGCAGGUCCUGUAUUUGACUGAGCCUGAGACCUGGACGGCAGCUGCCAUGUAUCAAGCGACACGAAUCUUCUCCUCUAAUCUGAAAGAGCGAAUGGCCCAGAGAUUUUACAAUUUGGUGGUGUUGCCCAGAGUUCGGGAUGAUAUUGCAGAGUACAAGAGACUGAACUUUCAUCUUUAUAGUGCUCUGAAGAAAGCCUUGUUCAAACCGGGUGCCUGGUUUAAAGGUAUUUUGAUACCGCUGUGCGAAUCUGGGACAUGCACUCUCAGAGAGGCAAUCAUCAUUGGAAGCAUCCUGACAAAGUGUUCUAUUCCUGUGCUCCACGCCAGUGCCACGAUGCUCAAAUUGGCAGAGAUGGAGUAUAACGGUGCCAACAGCAUUUUCCUGCGUCUGUUGCUCGACAAGAAAUACGCCCUGCCUUUCCGUGUGCUGGAUGCCUUGGUGGCUCACUUCCUGUCUUUCCGCAGCGAAAAACGAGUGCUUCCUGUGCUCUGGCAUCAGAGUUUACUCACACUAGCUCAGCGCUACAAGGCCGACCUGGCCUCCGAACAGAAGACAGCGCUGCUGGAGCUGCUCAAGAUACAAACCCACCCUCAGAUCUCGGCAGAGAUUCGUAGAGAACUGCAAAACUCUGAGUCACGGGAUAUUGAAAUCGGAAUCCCCGCUAACAUUGAUAUGGACUGAAAAUGUGUUAAUCUUUUUUCCCUACACAGUAUGUCAGGCAGAAUUUCAACUUGGACUUUUUGGUAUUUAAAAAGUGCAUUAAUGUCACCGGAGUUGCAGUGUCUGCUAAGAAAUGCUGUCUGUGUAUUUGAUGAUGACUACAACUCAAAGCAGCAGUUUGUAGUAUUAAAAGAAAACUGAAUCCACAACAAA